AUGAAAUAUGGUCGAAAGGUACUGGAGGCCGAGAGCAAACGCACGGAAAAUUCCAGAGGUUACGCACUGCAGGGUGAUGAUGGGUAUCUGAAGCACAAUCAAGCAUUUCCUCUUGCCCAUGGGAGCCAUUCGACUUCGCCAAUGCGUAAAAACACUUACGCUGGCGUUUGUGGCAACGAUCAUGCGGAUGGGGAUUGCGUCGAUGGAGACAUACGAGAAAGGGAAGGCGAAAAACCGUAUUCCAUGGGGAUGAGUGAUCACCAGAUCCACCGUCGCUACCGCACGAAUCACAGUAACAAGGAUGAUGCUUUGAAGCAGACGAAUACACAGAAUUCUCCGGCUUCAGGACGCCUGUUAUAUUCUCCUGUAUUGAAGAAGAAUCGAGUGGAGGCAAUAUCGCCUGUGAAUGGUGGUGCUAACGGCAAGGCGACGCGAGCGAUGAGCUCAACGGAGGCACGUCGCGGCCUUUUUGACAUGAGCGAAAAGAAGAGCACCGGUACAGGUGGUGAGACGGCAGUCACGCCAUCACGGUAUGCGGCGCCGUGCUACGGUAAACCGAAUGAAGGCAUUUCUCCAUAUGAUUCACGUGCGGGCGGGGAUCACUACGCGGCUCCCACAAUUAAUUCCCGGCUGAAGGAAUAUUCCUCAUGGAAUCACGCCCCGUUGACGUUGGGGCUUUCCCUUCCUGACACGCACCGAAAGUGCUCUGAGCCCGUUACCGCAGGCACAUCAUUGCAGAAAAGAAGCCGAUGGCAUUUAGCGUGGGGUGAUCACGACAACAAUGAGUCUACAAUAGGAAAGAUGGCUCUAACAAGGGAAGGAGAAGGAGGGGCAGGGGUGAAUACUUCCACCACCGGCAAUACUUCGAAGUCGAUCCCCUCAUAUUUACUUUAUUGUUUUUCUAAAGUUGGUGCAAGGGAAACAGCAACUACCUCAAAGAAUGUUACUACGCCUCUUACGGCGCCUUAUAUUGGGAUGCCGAAACAGCGUUUACUGGCUCCAUUCAAACCACCGCCAGCAGCACCACCACCCACAUCAGCAGAAACAGAAACAGCAACAGCGAAGACACACUUGACAUCUCCUCCGCUACGGGCCGCGGUUUCCCCACACUUUUUCGGCGCAUAUAGGCAAUAUCGUCUGGCAAGUGAGUCCCCACAGAGUGGGUCUCAGGAAUCGCCUGGUCACAGGGAAAAAAGCCCCUAUGCAGCAGCAGGAUCAUCAAUGUUUCCUGGAGAAGCGUAUUACGAUACCAAAAGACCUGAAUCCAGGUUUUCUCUCCUUCAUGGUGCUUCAGAAAAGGAAGCGUAUGCCUUAUCAUCUAGCGUUGCAAACAAUUCAAUGCUUCAUCACUAUUCACGAGGGUUUUAUGGGCCACCACUGCUGGACCGUGGUUCUUCUUUUUUAAGUGGAUUCAUAAACCCGCAUAACGACUGUUAUGCAUGCAGCGUUUUGACUCUUCUGCUUCGCAGUCCUUACUUUUGCCGCGCCUUGCACGAUGCACAUAAAUUGGAGCUUAGCCCCAAACUGAGUGAAACCCCCGACAGUGAUGCCUUUAGCGGUGACGGAACGGGUGAUAUGGGUACAAUGUACCCAAGAUGGUCUUUCAUCCCUAAUAAGCGGCACCGGGGGCCCUCUUUUAACAGUGUACAUCAGAUUUUGCUGCAUUUUGCCCGAUUGCUUGAGAAGCCAGAAAAAAUCAUGUAUGGGAUUGACAUGGCUCCGUUGCGUCAAUUUUUUUCUACAUCCUUUUUCUCUGGGGAACAGCAGGAUGCGCAUGAAUUCUUUUUAAGUGUCAUUAACAAACUUGAGGAGGAGUCGAUGGAAGAAUUAAAAAGCAGGAAAGCAAAAAAGGAGAAGAGUGAUGACGGGAAUAAUACAAUGACUUCUGAAUAUGGGGGAAAUCAUAUCUUGAACGAUGAAAACACGGGUGAAGAAAAGGACGUUGAAAAUAACGUCAUCAUUGAUUCAUCACUUAUUUGGAUUAACAAGCUUAUUGGGGGAAAACUAUUGAAUAUCAUCCGCUGCAGGAAUGAGGGAUGUGGCCAUGAAAUCGUCACAAAGGAUUCCUAUAUAAAUCUGUGUAUCAAUCUAAGGAUUGAAGAAACAAUGAUGGCGGACUCUACAUUGACGCCACCGUCAUCGGCUGCGGAUAACAGGGAAUUCGCACCUGACGGACCUGUGGGUAUAAGUUCCAGUAAACCGCCAGAAGUGAAACUGGAUGAAUUGCUUUUGCGUGAAACGUUUGAAAAGAAAUCAACAAUAAAUCGUUGCGACGACGUUCAGACAUUAUUGGACUACAACCUCCGAUAUGUGUCUAUUGACAAAUACAUCUGUGAUGCUUGCGGCUCUUCGCAAAACCAGGAUCAAGGUGGCAGUCUUUUGGGUCCGGCACCACCGAUUCUUGCGAUACAGCUGAAUCGUUAUUCUACGGUCGUUAACUCUUAUAAUGAUGUGCGUGUUGUAAAGGACAAAACACCUGUUUUUAUCAAUAAUGAACUUACGCUUUACGCGUUGCGGGAGGAAGGACAGUUUGACUGCGAUAAGAAGCAGUUGGCUCCGUGCGUACGGGAGGCAGAGCGUGUAGCCAGACUACGAGAGCAGCAUGCGGAGAAGAGGCACCAACAGGAGGGAGAGGACACGGGGAAGUUGGCAAUUGAUCCAUCUGGGGCGGGAGAAAAUGCUUCUAAUGGUUCAAGCGCUGAGCAGAUGGAUAAAAAGGAAAAGGAAGAGGAGGAAGACGCCGAGACACAUGUGGAUGCCAUCCGCUGCCUUUAUCGUCUACGGGGCCUCGUGCGACAUAUCGGUUUUUCCCCUUUUGUCGGGCAUUACGUUGCAGAGUUUGCUACGGACGCCGCCGCAUCAGAGUCGCCCAAGGUUGAAAGCACCACCACCACCACCUCCACCACCGGCAGCAGCGAUGUUGACACGGAGGGGGGCAAGCCGUCAAGGGUCUGGCACAUAGCCGAUGAUAUCCGGGUGGAGGUACUGCCAUUGGAGUAUUUGCAGAAACGGCGUAGUCGUUCUACCGACUCCUAUUUGCUCCUGUACGAAAAGGUAGCAGAGGAAGAAGUCUCAUGUCCCGUGUGGCGUGUGCUGCCACGUGGGAAAAACUGA